AUGGGCAGCACUAUGGAAAGGACUACGCUGGAAGAUCAGCCAACCCAUGGCAACCUCGCCAUCUUGACUAAGGUAGAUAAAUUGCGUGAGCUCAUUGGAACGAAGGUCGCCUUGCCUCAGCUCGUAGUCGUGGGCGAUCAGUCAUCGGGAAAGAGUUCGGUGCUUGAAGGUUUGACAGGUUUCGGGUUCCCUCGAGACGCCGAGCUCUGUACGCGUUACGCAACUCAGAUCACUUGUCGUCGUGAGAAUGUAGAAAGCAUAAAUGUUUCUAUCAUACCUCACGCCGAUUCCCCUGCCUUUGAGCAGGAACGUGUCAAGAGAUUCCAUCGUACCCUAAAGGAGAUGUCACCUGAAAGCCUUGCCCAGCUAUUUAAAGAGGCAAAUGAAGCUAUGGGGAUAAGGAGCUCUACAAAUACUACACUAUCGGAUGGUUCUACCCUUCCGGCAUUUAGCGAGCACAUCCUCAAGAUUGAGAAACUUGGUCCUAAUGAGGAGCAUUUUACGGUUAUUGAUGUUCCUGGAAUUUUCCGCAAGGAGACUGAAGGCGUCACCACUGAAGACGACAUAGAACUCGUCAUGAACAUGGUCAAGAAUUAUACGACCCAAGAAAUAUUGAAGCUAGCUAAAAGAGCUGACCCUUCAAUGGUCCGUACCAUGGCCGUUCUAACGAAACCCGACCUGGCAAUCGAGAGCACAAUGCAGAAUAUCGCCAUUUCACAUGUCCUAGGCACCAGGAGUGAUCUCUUGCUUGGAUAUUACAUUGUCAAGAAUCGUGGGCCUGAUGAUGCGGAUAAGACCCUCGAACAAGGUCAAGCCGAUGAAAAACGGUUCUUCUCGCAAAGUCCUUGGGUAGUUCUUCGAAACACCGGGAAAGCUGGCAUCACAGCACUUAAGGCGCGCGUUCGUGAUCUACUCAUUGACCUUAUUAAGAAGGAAUUCCCAAAGCUCAAAACGGAAGUCGCCAGGGAGUUGUUAGGAUUUAGAACACAGUUGGAUGACAUGGGACAAUCGAGGAGCAAUCAACAUACGCAGAGGGCGUACCUUAACAGGAUCAGCGAGGCAUUCCAGACACUGGCUAGAGACGCCCUCGACGCAUACUACACCGGGAAUAAGAUAUUCGAGGAAAGGCACGAUCUCAGGCUAAUUACUCGCGUCGUUGAAGCCAAUGAGAAAUACUCAGACGACAUGGCGAUCAACGGGCACACUAGAUCUUUUGCCUCCAAUUUUACAUCUGAGGAAGAUGAUACCGAGACGCGAUUCAUACCACAGAUUAAUAAGAACCGCUCUACCAAAGUUCCCGAGCCUGAAGAUGGCACCUACCCUGAACUCGAAGAGAUGUUCGACCCCUUGGACACUGUUAUGCCUGAUAUUAGCGGCCAGGACGACAUUAUGGAUUAUAUCUCAGGAGUUUACAGGGAUAGCCGUGGGCUGGAACUCGGGAUGGUUGGGGGUCCACUUGUAUCGACUAUGUUUAAGGAGCAGUCCAAGAAAUGGAAACCUAUCACAUUGGAUUACGUGAGCCGAGUUAUUUGGGCUGUUCACCAUUUUAUUGUUCAAGCCCUCGAAACCACCUGCCCCGACGAGCGUGUACGUGAAGAGCUCUGGAGCGGAUACCUACUUGAGGAGCUUCAAAAGUCCUACCGUGAAGCUAUGGACAAAGCAAAAUAUCUACUUAGUAUCGAGCGUGAAGGCAUCCCGCUAACUCUUAACCAUUAUUUCAACGAUACUCUCCAAAAAGCCCAGAGCGGUCGCUUGGUUUCGAAUAUAGAAAAAUUAGGAACAGAGGAAAACCUGGGUAUGCCGGAUGAUAACGGCGUUAUCGUUAAAUCGGAGCCAGGGAUACACUUGACCUGGGCACAGUUGAAGAAUUUUUCGUUCAACAUGGCGAAUUCGCAGUACGUCCAGGAAUAUAUGCAUGACCUGCUCAAGAGCUACUACAAACUUUCCCGCAAACGGUUCGUCGAUGUAGUUUGCCAACAAGCGGUCAACCACCACUUGCUGCGAGGCGAAGGUAGCCCGCUCCAGAUCUUUAGUACUCGGAUGGUGCUGAACCUCAACGAAGAUCAGCUGGACAUGAUUGCAGCCGAGGACGCGCCUAUAAAAGUGCGUAGGGAGAAGCUAGGACACGCCAUUGAGCAAUUUGAGCAUGCCUUGAAGGUGCUGAGAGGCACAGAUUAA